AUGUAUUCUCGGAGAGAGUCCAACUGCUCGUUUGCGCUCCACGAUUUGGAGAUCCGAAGGCUGCUUUACCUGGGUCCCAACUCCAGUGAGCUACGAUCCAAGCAUCUGCCUUUUGUAUGUUGGUGUCCUCGGCUCCAUGGGACAGGAGGCCCUCCGGGCGGCUCAAGAGGCAGUCCAGCUCUACCAGGAGCUCGGUGGAAUGAUUCAGACAGCCGAGCCAUCAGUCUGCACGUCCUGGCAAAUGCAAACCUCAUGACCAAGAACUUCGACGACGCCCUGAAGACGGCGCAGGAUUCCGAGACAGCCUUCAGAGCCCUUCGAGACACUGCCGCCGAGGCUGCAUCCAUGAUGCUCCAGUCCGGCGCGCACCUGGGCCGCCAAGACUUCGAGGAGGCGCUGUGCCGAGGAGUCCAGAGAUCUGCUCACGGCCGGUGA